AGGAGCACUGACCCUGCCUGCGAUAGGCUAGGAGUCAGAGGACCAGGGCCAUGAUUGGCUCUCCUCCCCGGGGGCGGGCCCCGGCUCGCUCCCCCGGGUGGGCGUGGCUCUGGGGGCUGGUUGCCGUGUCGACGGCGUUCCUCCUCCUCCCCGGGGGCUGCCAGGCCUGCCCCCCGCGGUGCGAGUGCUCCGCCCCCCUGCGCUCCGUGUCCUGCCAGCGCCGCCGCCUCACCGCCAUCCCCGAGGGCAUCCCCACGGAAACACGCCUGCUCGACCUCAGCCGCAACCGCAUGCGCUGGGUGGAGACGGGAGACCUGGCGCCCUACCCGAACCUGGAGGAAGUGGACCUCAGUGAGAACCUCAUCGCCACCCUGGAGCCCAACGCCUUCUCCAGCCUGCAGAGCCUCCGGGUGCUGAGGCUCAGGGACAACCAGCUCAAGCUGGUGCCCAUGGGCGCCUUUGCCAAGCUGGGCAACCUCACCACGCUGGACCUGAGCGAGAACAAGAUGGUGAUCCUGCUGGACUACACCUUCCAGGACCUGCGCAGCCUGAAGAACCUGGAGGUGGGAGACAAUGACCUGGUCUACAUCUCACACAAGGCGUUCUCCGGUCUGCUGGGUCUGGAGGACCUGACGAUCGAGCGCUGCAACCUGACGUCCAUCUCUGGCCAGACGCUGUCCUACCUGCGCAGCUUGGUCACCCUUCGCCUGCGCCACCUGGGCAUCUCCGCCCUGGACGAUCAGAACUUCCGCAAGCUCUCCAACCUGCGGGGUCUGGAGAUCGACCACUGGCCCCUGCUGGAGUACAUUUCCCCCCUCAGCUUCCAGGGUCUGGACCUCACCUGGCUGUCCAUCACCAACACCAACAUCACCUCCGUCCCCUCUGCGUCCUUCAGGAACCUGGCCCACCUCACCCACCUCAACCUGUCCUACAACCCCAUCUCCACCCUGGAGCCUUGGGCCUUCAGGGACCUGUUGCGGCUGAAGGAGCUGAUCAUGGUGAACACGGGGCUGGUCACGGUGGAGCGUCACGGCCUGGGGGGCCUCCGGCAGAUCCGUGUCCUCAACUUCUCCACCAACGAGCUCCAGACACUGGAGGAGAGCUCCUUCCACUCGGUCAACAGCCUGGAAACGGUGCGCGUGGACGGGAACCCCCUGCUGUGUGACUGCCGUCUGCUGUGGAUCCUGCAGAGACGCAAGACCCUCAACUUUGACGGCAGGGUGCCGGUGUGCGCCGGGCCGGUGGAGGUGCAGGGGAAGAGCCUCAGCACCUUCACCGACUCGGCGCUCUUCGACCACUUCACCUGUCAGAAGCCCAAGAUACGCAACCGCAAGAUGCAGCAGGUCACGGCUCGUGAAGGCCAGCCCGUGAGUUUCCUGUGCCGCGCCGAAGGCGAGCCCGCCCCCGCCAUCAUCUGGAUCUCCCCCCAGCGCCGACAAAUUACGGCCAAGAACUCGGGCCGCAUCACCGUGUUGCCGGGCGGGACCCUGGAGAUCCGCUACGCCCAGCUCACGGACAGCGGCACCUACAUCUGCAUCGCCAGCAACGCCGGGGGCAACGACACCUACUUCGCCACGCUCACCGUGCGCGGGCACCCUCUGGACUCCGCCUCGGCCUUCUUCGCCAACCGCUCGCUGUACUCGGGCGAGUUCUUCAACGACACGAGCUUGAACAGCACCCGUGUGUUCCUCCAGUUCACCCUGGACCUCACCACCAUCCUAGUAUCCACGGCGAUGGGCUGCAUCACCUUCCUGGGCGUGGUUCUCUUCUGCUUCCUGCUGCUGUUCGUGUGGAGUCGAGGCCGCGGCCAACGCAAGAACAACUUCACAGUGGAGUACUCCUUCCGGAAGGCGGAGGGCCCGGCGGGGGCCGGGGGGCCCACUGGAGGGGGGACCAGGAAGUUCAACAUGAAGAUGAUCUGAAACAACGCAGCCAGGGGGCCCUCGGGGGAUGCAUGAGCACGUCCCGGAAAAACAGGGUUUUUCCGUUUGACGAAUCAAACACACACAGCGUAUGGCUGACUCGCAGAGAGGUGAUUGGAGAAUACAAAUUUUAAAAAAGUAUAUAUAUAUAUAUAUGUGGUCCAUGGCUAGAAAUUCAGAUUCAGAUUGGGUGACUGAGGAGUCAUGGUUGCCAGGGUUACCUUGAUCUCACUGCCGUUCACUGGUUUUGUUCAGCUUGUGGCACCCAUGUUUCAAAAAACUAAAAACUAACUUUUUUUUUCUUUUUUUUUUCUGAGCUACAGUGUUGUUGUGAUAGCUGGAUAAGAGUGAUCAUAUUUAAAGAAUAUAGAAAUUAAACACGUUAAGAGUGGACAUGCCGAUGCUGUGGAGCGUAGGCAGUCACGUCUCUUCCUGAGAAAGUGACAUCACAGGAAGUGACCUGGCUGCCAACCAAUCACAGCAGCUGUAGUUUUGCUUGCAUUUAGCAUGUACAUGUACAGUUGCAAUUUAGAGUUAAGUUGUAUGAGUGACGAGUGAGAAUUUUAGUGCUGAAUAAAGGUGAACAAAAACGA